UAUAGCUGAAGAGCCUGGAGACUUGAGAAGAAUCCGCCUUUUUAGUUUGGGAGGAGAAAAAAAAACAAACAAAACAAAACAACACUCCAUAUUACAGUAAAGUCAUCAGGGGAAUAUGAGAAGUUCCACAUGCGCUCGAGGUCGUAAUUGUCGAUGUUGAGAGGGUGGUUUCUUUAAAAAUGAAUAAAAAGUUAAAGAGUCUGCAGAACCUCGUCGCCGUGCUACUCUUCAUAUCUCUGUCCAUAGGGGUUCAGCAGUCCGAGUCUGCGGCAUGCCAUGGUUGUGGAACUGGAUCGAAGUGUGACUGCAGUGGAGUGAAAGGCGCAAAGGGUGAUAGAGGAUUCCCAGGUCAGUCAGGUCAUGCAGGUGUACCAGGAUUCCCUGGACCAGAAGGGCCAAUUGGACCUCGUGGAGAGAAGGGUGAUGAUGGACCUCCAGGACCACCUGGACCUAAAGGAAUAAGAGGACCUCCUGGACUUCCAGGAUUUGCAGGAACACCAGGAAUUCCAGGUCUUCCAGGAUCAGACGGGCCUCCAGGUCCAAAAGGAAUUGCAGGCUGUAACGGAACCAAGGGUGAAAAAGGAUUUCCAGGAAAUCCAGGUUUCCCAGGUUUAGAUGGUUCACCAGGACUACGUGGUGACCCAGGACAGAAGGGAGAGCCUGGUGAAGUCAUCUCUAUGGAAAUACCAGGAACACCAGGAGGUCCAGGAAGCAUCGGUCUGCCAGGCCCCAGAGGAGAUCCUGGACCGCCCGGGUUGCCAGGUCCUAGUGGGCCUCAGGGUCCAAGAGGUUACAAUGGGCCACCAGGUCCCCCUGGUCCACAAGGGCCAAAGGGAAAUAUGGGGCUGAACUUCCAAGGGCCAAAAGGAGAUAAGGGUGAAACUGGCUUGAAGGGGCCUCCUGGGCCUCCAGGGCAAGUCGACCAGUUAAUAGGUGAAAUAGACGGAGUGAUUCAUCGAGGAGAGAAGGGUGACCCUGGACAACCUGGACCACCGGGAUAUCCUGGCCCUCCUGGAUUACCUGGUCCAUCUGAUGUGAAGGGAGAGAAGGGAGAGCCAGGAGAACCUGGAAAGAGGGGUAAACCUGGUAAAGAUGGGGACCCUGGCCCUCCUGGACUUCAGGGUGCCAUAGGAGCCCCUGGUGAUCCUGGUUUUCCAGGAAGAGAUGGAGAAAGAGGUGAGAAAGGUGAGCGAGGACUACCUGGACCUCCAGGCGUGGUGACACCCCCAUCACUCAACCAAGUAGGACCUAAAGGAGAUCCUGGGCUUCCUGGAGCCCCUGGGAGGAAAGGAGAGCCAGGGCUACCUGGUGUCCAAGGACCACCAGGUCAGCCAGGUCAGCCAGGAAUCGGAAGUCAAGGCCUACCUGGCCCCCCUGGUUAUACAGGAGAGCGAGGACAGAAAGGAGAUCAAGGAUCGCCUGGAGCUUCUCUUCCAGGUUCUCCUGGUAGACCUGGACCACAAGGUUUCCAAGGCCCUCCAGGACCGCCAGGACCUCCAGGAAUAUCAAACGGGUUUGAAAACUGCCUCCCAGGGCCUUCUGGUCUUCCAGGCCUGAAUGGAGAACCUGGUUUCCCAGGAGAGAUAGGCCAGAAAGGUGAAAAGGGGGACACGUGUGUGAAUUGCUUCUCAAGUGGCAACCUCAUCCCAGGACCACAGGGUCCACCAGGACCUGCAGGACCCCCAGGCAGUCCUGGGCUCCCUGGUUUUAAAGGAGACAGAGGAUCCCCAGGCAGCCCUGGUUUAAUGGGGCCACCAGGUUUACAAGGACAGCAAGGUUCACCUGGACUACCCGGACAGAAGGGUGACCCUGGUGAUGCAAUUUCCCUUGAUGGUAUGAAGGGAGACAAGGGAGACACAGGAUUCCCUGGCCCUCCAGGUCUGCCUGGCCGGGAUGGAGCACCUGGUCGAAAUGGACCUCCUGGAGCGCCUGGUCCCAAAGGCGCACCUGGUUCCCUAAUGCUUAAAGGUGAACGUGGUCCUCCUGGAGAGCCUGGUCUCCAAGGUCCUCCUGGAGACCGGGGCCUUACUGGUGCCCCUGGAUUUGGCCCACAGGGACCUUCUGGAGAGAAGGGGUUCCAGGGUGUGUCAGGAAGGCAAGGACUUCCUGGACCUCCAGGUCAGAAAGGUGAACCAGGUCAGACUGUCUCUGAGAAAGGGGCACCUGGACCCAGCGGACGUAAUGGAGAACCUGGUCUACCAGGAAAUCCAGGUAACCCAGGCCAACCUGGCUCCCCAGGUUUCCCAGGAUUACCUGGCCAAAAAGGAGAACCUGGUCUCCCGGGUAUAGGCUUGCCAGGCCCACCAGGUCCUAAAGGAUUCCCAGGUACUGCGGGAACUCCCGGCAGCCCUGGCAGGCCUGGACCUCCUGGUGUGGAUGGACUGCCUGGUACACCUGGCUUCCGUGGACCUAAGGGCGAACCUGGUUAUGGUAUCCCUGGCCCUCAGGGGCCCCCAGGUUUGCCUGGCAGUAAGGGUUUUCCCGGGCAAAAAGGUGAUCCUGGAUUCCCUGGGAAUCCGGGUGCACCUGGCCGACCUGGUAUCGAUGGUCCCCCUGGCUAUAAAGGUGAUUCUGGUCUUUCUGGUUCACCGGGUGCACCUGGCCCUCAAGGGCCCCCUGGUUUUGGUUUACCCGGUCUACCUGGACCACCGGGACUUCCAGGACCUAUGGGCAAUCCUGGUUCCCCUGGUUUGAAUGGUGAGAAAGGAGACCCUGGUUCGCCUGGACUGGAUAUUCCAGGCUUGCCUGGUGACCCAGGUAGCCCUGGAUUGUCUGGACAACCUGGCCCUCCUGGCCUUCCUGGGAACCCUGGUAACCCUGGCCAAGAUGGGCUACCUGGAUUCCCUGGGCAAAAGGGAGAAAUGGGCGUGAUGGGUGCUCCAGGAUCUCCUGGUAAUCCUGGUAACCCUGGUGUUCCAGGAUUUCCUGGACCAAAAGGUGAUAAUGGUCAGCCAGGUCUGCCAGGAAACCCAGGUUUGAUGGGAACGAAGGGAAAUAAAGGUGAACCAGGUCUAAGAGGGCCAGCUGGUAUCACCGAUACUUCUACAGUAAAAGGAACAAAGGGAGAACCAGGACUUCAAGGAAUAAGUGGAGUUCCAGGACCGAAAGGUAUUCCUGGACUUCCAGGAGAUCCAGGUAUCCCCGGACAGGAUGGACGCCCUGGGCAACCUGGACCUCCAGGUCCCAAGGGAGAUUCCGGAAUUCCAGGAACACCAGGACUCCCUGGUCCUCCAGGACUGAAAGGCACUAUGGGCGAGAUGGGAUUGCCUGGCCCUCCUGGAGUUAAAGGAAGCCUAGGUCAACCUGGGCGACCUGGACAGCCUGGAUCUUCAGGAGCACCAGGGUUCCCAGGACCGAAAGGAGACCCUGGAACGCCAGGAUUUGGCCAACCAGGAGCUCAAGGACCCAAGGGUGAACCCGGCUCUCCUGGUAUCCCCGGAUCUGCAGGGACAAAAGGUCAACAGGGCCCCCCAGGAAGUCCAGGGAUACCUGGGAGCCCUGGCGCAAAGGGUGAUCCUGGCCUCCCAGGAUUCCAAGGUGCACCUGGUGCUACUGGUCCUAAAGGUCUGGAUGGAGUCCCAGGUGCCCCUGGUCUAGCAGGAGCACCUGGAAGGCCAGGAAGCCCUGGCCCACCUGGUUUGUCAGGUGCACCUGGAGACAAGGGUCAACCUGGUCGUGAUGGUAUUCCUGGACCAGCAGGAUUGAAAGGAGAGCCAGGUAUACCAGGUUAUGGACUCCCAGGUCCUUCCGGCAUUCCUGGGAUGCCAGGUCAAAAAGGAGACCCUGGCUUUCCUGGCCAGCCUGGCAGCCCUGGUUUCCCUGGACCAAAGGGUGAUAUAGGACCCUCUGGUACAAUAGGUAGCCCUGGUCUACAAGGGCCCCCUGGUCCUCUGGGUCAGUCCAUUCAAGGGCCUAAAGGCAACCAGGGUCCUCCUGGACCACCAGGAAGAGGAGGCCCUCCUGGCCCAGAGGGGCCCCGUGGACCCCCAGGUUCUGGAGGAGUGAAGGGUGAGAAAGGCUAUUCUGGAAACCCUGGAUCACCUGGUUUACCUGGACAGAAGGGAGACACUGGACCACCAGGUUUUUUGGGCCCCCCUGGAUCUCCUGGAACUGUUGGACUUAAAGGUGACACCGGCCUUCCGGGUGUUAUAGGAUUCCCAGGACCUAAAGGUCAACCUGGCAAUCCUGGGGGUCCUGGCCUGCGUGGUGAUCCCGGGGAGCCUGGUCCUCCAGGUGAUCCUGGUGAGCCAGGUCAAGCGCCAGCCCCAAUUGUGGUAAAGGGUGCGCAGGGGCCUCCUGGUCCGCCUGGACCCCCAGGAUCCCAAGGGCUACCAGGAGAGGCAGGACUGGAGGGGCUUCCAGGUGGGCCUGGUAGUCCUGGUGACCCAGGUCCUGAUGGUCCUCCAGGAUUCAGUGGUCCAUCUGGAAGGAAAGGAGACCAGGGACCAUCUGGGCAGCCAGGUCAGCAGGGUUUACCCGGCCCUGCUGGUCCAGAUGGGCUUCCAGGUCCUCCAGGUCCUCCAGGUCUGUCGUCAGCAGCUCAUGGCUUCCUUAUAACGCGACACAGUCAGUCUACAGAUGUACCGCCAUGCCCAAUUGGCACCUCUCUCAUCUACAAUGGCUAUUCUCUGCUUUACGUGCAGGGCAACGAGAGGGCACAUGGCCAGGACCUGGGUACGGCUGGAAGUUGUCUACGUCGUUUCAGCACCAUGCCUUUCAUGUUCUGCAACAUCAACAACGUGUGCAACUUUGCUUCCCGGAAUGACUACUCCUAUUGGUUGUCUACUCCUGAACCCAUGCCCAUGAGCAUGGCUCCUAUCCAGGGAGAAAACAUCAAACCCUACAUAAGCAGAUGUGCUGUGUGUGAAGCCCCAGCUAUGGUGAUAGCGGUGCACAGCCAGACCAUCCAACUGCCAUCAUGUCCACAGAACUGGGAGCCUUUGUGGAUUGGCUAUUCCUUCAUGAUGCACACUAGCGCAGGUGCAGAGGGCUCUGGUCAGGCUCUGGCCUCGCCUGGCUCCUGUCUGGAGGAGUUUCGUUCAUCUCCAUUCAUUGAGUGCCACGGCCGCGGAACCUGCAACUACUACGGCAACUCCUAUAGCUUCUGGCUGGCCACUGUCGAACAGUCUGAAAUGUUCAGGAAGCCACAGUCUGAGACGCUGAAAGCAGGGAAUCUCCAGACACGUGUGAGUCGCUGCAUUGUGUGUAUGAAGAGGACGUAACAUAGCAUUGCUGACUCCAACAUGACCCCUUAUCAGGGGUGAUCACCACAGCGACUGCAACAAUUAAAACCGAGAACAAGUGGAUUUCUAGUGGUGCAUUUUCUUCAAGUUCAACUCUAUGGUGCUACUGUGCAACACAGCAAAAAAAACUGAAAAAAAAUUACUAGUCUUUACUUUUUCAAAGAAGUACCUCAUACAGAGACAGAAAAAUCAACAAAGGUGCCAUGAUGGAUCAAAAAAGUGCAUUUUUCCCCUCCUUUUUUUUUCUCUUAAAAAUGUUAUUUUUUUCCUCAUAGAAUUGUGGUUGGUAUGCAAGCAACACAUUUUUAGAGAGAAGUUUUGGAAAAGUACUGAAAUUCUCUCCACGUUACCAAAUCGGCACUUUGAACAUCAAUGAGAAAAAUGCACUGAAUAGUUACGUUAGUUGAGACUGCAUUAUUUUUAUGCUUUCAUUUUUUUUUUCCCAUCACUAUUUUCUUUCUCCCACUUCUUGGUGGUACUAACACUGCUGUAUCCAAGAAUCUAUAACUACAAGCCUUUUGUCUGUUUUGUAAGUAAUAAAAUAUGUAUAUUGUGUAAAACACCUUUUUAGUCUAAAACCUUAAACAGUACUUUAUAACGAAUUUUUUCCGACUCUUUGGCACGUGUUCAUUCACUCACUCAUUCAUAAUCUGACUUUUUCAGUUACACAAUAUUUGUACAAAGUAAACUUUCUUUUAAUGAAACAGUAUUUUAUAUAUAAAUAUGAAUAUAAAGAUAUAUAUAUAU